AUGCUUCGCUUUUGUCAGGGAUCGACGCCUCUCUUCGAUCUAAUACUCGCAGUUGAGUCUGAUCCAAAUGGAAUACUUCUAGCAAAGCAAGUUUAUCCAGUUGAACCGCCUUUAAUUGAAUAUGAAAAGACUGCUCUUAGGUUCUGUUUUCCGCUCGGUGAUACAAAAUUAGUGACAGACAAGUUUACUUUCGCAACAAAAAAAGGCGAUUCGGAUUAUUCUUAUGGUUAUGUCAUUCAUUAUCCAAACAAUAAUUCAGUUGUAGCAUAUUGCGUAUUAUCGCAGCAUUUUGAUCAGCUAAGGAUUUUGCAAAUGAUGGAACUUAUUGUUCCAAAGUUUGAACAAAAUAAUGCCAAAUCAGCAAUAUCUAUAGCAGCUUCAUUUCAAAAACCAAACAUUCACGGUGAUACAUUACUCUCAGAACAACUCGUUAUUAAUAGUAUGGUACUUGACUUAUUAUUCAUCUUCCCUGGCGAAGUCGUCGGUAAUUUAAUUGCAUACAUAGCUGCAGAUUCCAAAAUUAUUAUACAAGCAACGUCAUUAACAAGACUUUCGAAAGUUUGUUUUUCGCUUAUCUCUUUGAUAUAUCCAUUGAAUUGGCCGGGCGUUUUCAUUCCAUUGCUCCCAGCUAAGCUUACUGACGCAAUUCUAGCGCCAUUUCCAUUUAUUAUCGGCAUACCUGCUGCUCUUGCAUCAAAUGUAUCAUGGGAAGACGUUGAAUCUCAUAUUUUCUUAGAUGUUGACACGGGAACAUGCAAAUUCCGAGGAGUUCCUGAGCUCCCUAAGCAAGUCAAGAGUAAUGUAAAGUCAUUCGCAAAGUCAAUUAAUUCAAAUCCGAACGAAUGCAGCAAAAAAUGCAGAAAAUUGUUCCUAUCUACUGUUGCAACAGGCUUAGGGGCAAAAUCAACCGAGUAUCAGGAGAUGCAGAAGGCAUAUAAUUCGAUUCAACAGAAUGAUCUUGAAGAAGAAUUUAGCCAACUUAUAUCUUCAUCGCAAACAGUUUUAAAGCUCAUUCAUUCGCCAGAAGAUCAGAACGUCGAAAUAUUUAAUACAUUUUUCCCUGAAUCAGAUAAACCGUCGGAAAUUUCUCUAAAAUUAUCGACAAAAAGAAACCCUACGCAAAUUCUUUUACUUCCACCUGUUACUAUUGAGAACAAGUCGGAAAAGAAGAAGCCUUCCUUGCCAAAUAUCGAAACUCCAGAUUAUCUAAAAUCUUACAGGGGUCCAGUGAUGUCAGCCGCACUCAAUAGGGCAGGAGCUGUAUCAGGACCACAGAAAGUACCAUCUUCUAGGACUCCUAUGCCACAAGGACCAAAAUCUUCUAAAAUACAAAUUGAAGAAGAAGACAACAAAAAAGUAAGGAAGGACAAGGUCAAGAAGAACCUAGAUGAAGUCCCUUACGCACCAAAUUUCACAGAUUUGAACAGCGUUCAGCUAAAGAAAGUCAAGAAAAAGAAAGAUAACGUAGCCUUGACAAACUCGCCAUCGCCAUACGAAUUCCAGUCCGUGCAGCUCAAAAAAAUCAAUAAACCAGCUCAAUCCCAGAAAAUUUAUUAUGAUCAAAAAGAAAUUUCACAGCCAAUCACUCCUCCUAUUGAAUUUGAAGAAAAUGAUGAUAAGCCAUUUGUUAUCAGGACUCCAGAGCGAAACAGAUUCACAAUUUCCAAAUCAAAUUCAAAUCUCCUUGAUACUCCAAGAAAAUCGGACGAAGCAAUUGUCGCAUCAUCAUCAUCGAAUAUUCCACAUUCUACAAGCGUCAGCCAGUUCGGUCCUUCCACAGCAAUUCCUCCAACUCCAUUUUCAGGAAGUUCUCACGGUUCUGCAUUCACUUCUGGCAAGAACAGCCCUCACAAUAGUACAUACGGUCCAUCAAGUAACACAGGAGCCGGAAUUAAGCCAAGUACGUUCAAACCUGCUCAAUUUAAUGCAACUCCGUUCACAAAUGCGGCCAUCCCUCAGUAUUCGCCAACAAAUUCAGCAUUCUCAUUCAAUACUGGUAACCUUCCGAGCGCAAAUCUCUUUCCAAACAAUACAUCAUUUAAUUUUGUCUCCCCGAACGGGCCAUCAACAUCAUCUACAGUUCAGAGGCAAUUAGCCGCUAAUAACCCGUCAUUUUAUAAUAAGAAUAUCCAACAAAAUCCGGUAAAUCAACCAACUACAGGCUACCACCCUUAUUUCAAUCAAUUCCAGUAUAGUCCUGCCGCUACAGGUUACCAACAGAUGAGGUUUCUGCCGCCAAUUGGCCAAAUGCAGCAACAAAGUCUAUUUCCAUCGUAUUUCGGAGGAACUCAGCCAGUUAACCAAGCUCCUGCACCUGCAUUCCCAGCUGCUUAUAUUCCAUCUCAAUUCCAGCCAAGUUUUCCAUCAGGCCAAAUGCCAUCGAAAUUUAACCCUCCAGCAUUUGUUCCAGCGACAUCUACUACACAACAAACACAACAGAAUCAAAUGCAGUGGUCGAAUUUCCCAACGCAAUCCAGAUUUGCUCCAACCCCUUCAACAUUUAAUCCAGGACCAGCACCGAACAACCAAGCAGGCCAACUAACUACGAAGCCUCCAAUCCCUGGCUCUCAGCCAUCGACAUUCCAUGCGCCAACUAUGCCAAAUUUGGUACCUUUUUCAACAAAUUCAAAUAUCAAGUCACCGCCGCAAACUGGCGAAGUUUUCAGACAGCUUAUGGGUACUUCCAAUACAAAUACACCAAGCCAGUUCAAUUCUGGUAGCGCAUCUAGAUUCCCAAGUCCGAGUCGGAACCAAGGUACAAUUCAGAACGGACCUGACUUCAGGCAGCUCAUGAACGGAGGCCCUGUCUAUCCACAAACUAAUUCAGGACAACUCCCAGGAAAUGGAAGAUUCCCAUCUCCAGUCCAUACUCCAAGUUACAUGCAACCAGACGCUCUUCCUCCUGCUUACAGUCACAAUAACUCUAGCACUAACUCGUCAAACGGAGGACAGCACACAUAUGUCCAAAAAGUGAACUCAACCACCAACUUAAGGCUUCAACCGCAAGACACAAAUGUUGGUGGUCAAGCCGCUAAACCAAGUUCUUCGAUUUCAAUGGAUAAUUCUCCUUCUGCAUUUAACUCAUCAUCAGGUUUUUCAAGGAAUGCAAGGAGAAAGACAGCAGAUUGGUUACCUGCAGAGCUCGAAGAGCUAAGAAAUAUGGCUGCUACGACAAAAGCUGAACCACAAGAAAUGUCAUUCAAACAAAAACUUGCUAAGUUCCAGGCUUUGGUCGGUAACGACUAA